GCACACACCGGUAAGCGCCACUGCUGCAGCAGCGUGCACACAACAGCUUGCUGCAUGCCAUAAGCAACAAACCCCCAAACAGCGUACUUGGCAAUGCUAACAGCGUUAUUUAUCUCGCGACCAAUAUUUACCGGAGGAGUGAGUUCCCAUGCCCUUUUUUCCCUUCAAAAGAUGUUUUGGUGAAUGUUACCUACAGAUUUUAAAUUUGAUGCCCUCCUUGGACGUCCAAUGAGAUGACAGCAACAAGACCUGGUUCAUAGCACAGGAGCAUGGAGGAUGGUUACUAUGGUUACAACCUUAAACAAACCAUCAGUGAACAGAUCCAGGGGCAGGCCAAAGCUCUGCAGGCCCUGAAAGCCAACAAUCCUGACCUUGGGGGUCAACACAGGUCACCUAUCCUGUCCUCGGGUCAAGGCUCACUCAGUGGGGAUGCAUCCAGGCCAAGGAAAUGGAUUAUGCCAAAGACACCCGUCCUGAACUCCAAGCAUAAUGACCUGAAGCUGGAGAGGCAGCUGGCUCAGAGACAGGAGGCUUAUGCCAAAGAGCAAGCAUGGACCAAGAAACAGAUAGAGAAGCUGACCAAAGAGAGACUCAAGUUGGAAGAGGAGGAAAAGAAGUUGGAAGAAGCAAGGAAAAGAUGGAACAUUCCGUCUCCUCCUUUAGAUCCAAUCCUAACACCCACAUCCUCUCUGACUGGUGAUCAUGAAGAAACACCUGAAGAGAUGCAGCAAAGAAUCCAAGGAAACCUGAGAAAAAUGAGGAAUGAUUAUGAGAAAGAUAAACAAGAGCUGGAUGCAUCCAUUUUGCAGUCUUCCAAGCAUUCAUAUGAAACAACUCAAGCGAUACAGUACUACAUGAUGAGAGAUAUUCUUAUAGAUGUUGUUAACGAAGUGGUAGAUAAGUGCAGUGACAGCUCAAAGUUAAAGAAAAAGAAUAACAUGACAAGGUUGCUUCUAGCAGCAGCAGAGAAAGACUACGACUUAUCUCAGGAUUUCCAGCGCAAGGAAAGGGCCAUGCAACUCAUAUCAGAGGAAAUAUUCCUGCAGGUAACGGCCAAGAUGUGCCUUGAGACCGUACAGGAGUGGAUGAGCACAGAAGACUAUGUGAAAUCAUCAAUCCAGAAACUAAUCAUCAACUCAGCAGAGGCUAUAGCCACAAACAAUAAAGAAGGCAGGAAGGACGAUGACCCUGCUUAUGACCUCAUCACAGCGACCUACUUCCACAUGUGUAAGGAGAGACGAAAGAAGAGGCCUACCACUUGGAAACACACCCAAACUGUUCACUACAUUGAUUCAGAGAAUGAUAGUGUCUUGUCUGGGGUCACUACUGAUCACGAUGUCACCAAGCUAAACAUGUCUAGACUUGUUCCUGUCCAUCUCUGGACGGUGAAACGAUACACACCUUCCCUGGAAUACUACAUCAAACGGGAGAGGGGGCAUUGGCAGCCUGCACUCAUGACCAUUCACCCAUCCAUCAUCGAUGUAACCAAGAGAGUAUUUGGGGUAUUGACCAUAGCUGUCUCACCCUCACAGAGAAUGUUAGCUAUGGGAACUGUACGAGGUGAUAUAUUUGUCUUUGAUCUUUGGUACGACUCCCCGAAUCCUGUCCGCUAUAUCAAGAAUGAGGGCCCUUCGUCGGACGGAGUCAUGCACAUCUCUUGGAGCCUCGACAGCAAACGCAUCAUCACUCUCAAUGAAUCGGGGUCUGUCUUCAUGUGGUCGUUACACCCCGGUGGAUCCAACAUCAAAGACAUCAGAAGCCUGGAGUUCAAAGACUCUAGUGAAGAGAUAGUGCCCUCUCAGUUGACCCUUCUCCUAGCCCUUGAACCUGAUGCAGAUGACUUUGACUUCCACGAAGGUCCAUUAGCCAGGAGUAGAGCUCAGACUGAGUCUCAAAUACCUAUGGUGACUGCCUUUCAUCCAUCCCACACCCUCAUUGGAUCUCAGAAUAGUCUCAUGGUCAGUUUUGAGAGUGGAGACAUUUAUAAGUGCAAUGUAGAACAACAGAUAACAGAAGAUUCAGAAAGCUUCCAGAAUUCAGAGAAUGUCAUGUUUCCCGCUGUUCAAGGAGCCGGGGACACAAUUGGACAAGACAUUCCAGUGGAACUCUUCCGUGCUCAUAAGCAUGCCGUUGUUUACCUUGGUUACGUUGGUAACUAUGGAAACAUGAUAUCUGUGGAUGUCAAAGGUUAUAUCUUCAUCUGGAAGUACACCAGGAGGAAAAUAAGUCACUACGGUUGGUUUGAACCACUCGAGAAGUACUGGUUAGAAAUGGCUGAUGAGCUCUAUGUGACAAUCAACAAUGAAACACCUGAAAUAUAUUUCAGUGAUGACUAUGUCCUAGAGAAGAAGAAGAUGAAAGGAAAGAACAAGGAAAGAAUGAAGAGAGAGCUGGAGGAGGACAGGAAGGAGGCUGAACUGGAUUGGGAUGAUAUGAAGAUCAACCAAGUUUGGUUUAAAGACUUCAAUAAGAAACUGAACACGGAGACUACGGUAUACCGACCAGAUACUGUGGAUGCCAAGGGGUCGCCAUUCCACAUCAUCGUGAGACAGAAGACUACAGGGAUGCUGUUAAAACAUUACAGCCAGCUUCAUAAACCUGUACAGCAUUCUGCGAGUCGACUGCUGGCUUGUCACCCCACAGCUACAGGCAAAGAACUGGUCUUUAUGCUCCUCUUUCCACCAUUUCCUCCAAAACAGGGUCACAUCACCUUUAUCAUUGUGAAGGUCGAUGGUCAGCUGGAAGUCUUGGACAGGCGAAUUGAUAUCGUCUUGACCCCCGCAGAAUAUGAACAAUGCUACAGGGAUGAUGUUUGUUCAUUUCAGAUGAGCAACACCAUUGAUGCUAUCGGCUCAAGCUACAUCUACCUGAACUUUAUGGGGGCAUUCAUGGUCUUCUCGGUCAACACAGGCACCCUAGUCCUGUCUACUAGGAAGGUGGACACCAUUGCAGCCAUCCAGUGGACCCCGAAGUCCCCCACCAAACUCUGGACCAAUGCGCACAUGGCUCUGGCCCAGACCCGCGGCAGCACGUAUGUGAUGCUGUAUGCCGAGAACCAGACUUCAGUUCAGCUCUUGAAAGUGACUGACAGAAACACAAGGGACAAGAGAAUGAAUGUCAACAAAGCAUUCAAAUACUGGCACAGUACCAACCCAAUUCUUGGUCCACGGCCCACGAUGGAACAGACUAUCCGACGGCAGGAUUGGACCCUGAAGCAGGACCCCUUUGGUCAUGUGACUCUGUACCUCCGUCGUCUCGUUCUUAAGCUGGUUGAUGAUGCGGUCCAGAAGGUAGAUGGAGAGUUCUCGGAGGAGAACCGGAAGAUCCACGCUGAACAGGACCGGAGGCUUGCUCAUCAGUUCUUUGGCUUAAGAUUGAAGGGCCCUGGAGCUGUUGAAGAACAACCACCAGACCAGAGAGAAGAUGAGAUUGACUUAGAGCAAGAUAAUCAGAGGAUUCAGCCUGUUCUUCAAGGCGAUGACAUCAGAGAUGAUGAAACUGAGGAACACCCAACUGUCUAGGAGAUUCCUAGAGCCAUAUAAGAACAGCCCUCAGAGCUGAGGAACACCUACUGUCCAAGAAACUAAGAACAACCUCCAGAGUUGAGGAUAAUCAAAGGGUACAACCAAUCCCAAUGGGAUAAUCUGAGAGGUGAUGAAACAUUGGAACAACCUACCUUCUAAGAGACUCCAUAGAAGAACAGCCUCCUAAAUUGAGAAUCAAAGGAUACAACCUCAAGUUCAAGGGGAUGAUAUCAGAGAUGGUGAGAUUUAGGAAUAUCAUACUGCCAUGGAGAUAGAAGGACAGCACCAAGAGCUGAGGGAAGAGAAAGUUGACUUAGAACAGGAUGAUUAGAGGAUUCAGCCUCUAGUUCAAAUUAAUGAUAUCAGAGAUUAUGAAACAGAGGAACACCCUAUUUUUAAGAAACUCCUAGAGCAUUAGAAGAAAAGCCCCAGAGCUGAGGAGAAUUGAAGGAUACAACCAAUCCCAAAGGGAUGAUCUGAGAGGUGAUGAGAGGUGAUGAAACAUAGGAGUAUCCCGCUUUCUAGGAGACCCCACGAGCCAUAGAAGAACAACCUCGAGAGCUGAGGGGAAAUGAGGUUGACUUAGAGCAGGGUAAUCAGAGUAUUCAUCCUGUACUUCAAGGGGUAGAUAUCAGAGAUGAUGAAACUUAGGAACACCCUACUUUCUAGGAACCUCCUAUAGUAAUAUGUUGUGUCUGAGUGGCAGGAGAAACAUUUGAGCACCCUACAAUCGCGGACUAAAAGCAUUUUAGAGCCAUAGAACAACCUGCAGUGCUGAGGGAAAUCGCAUGGUUCAACCCUCAGUUCAAUAGGAUGAUAUCAGAGAUGAUGAAAUUGAAGAAUAUCAUACUGCCUGGGAUCCUCACUAUCAAAGACUUAGGAAAGAGCUCAGUAAACAUGAGAAAUAUACAAUGUAAACAAAUUUUUGACAUUUUUGGUUUCCCAUAAUUUUAGCACAAAGUUAUGCCACGGUCUAUGUUAAACCAGACUUCAGAAUAUGGGCCAAAAAGUCUUAUCAUUCUGUGGAAUUGCUUAGAUGCAUGCUACGAUUCUCAGUUAUUCAUUGGAUGACAUUAUCAGUUCACCUGUCAUUAUUCUACCCACAACAUUUAGAAAUCCUCCGCCAUUUUUUAGUAAUAAGCCAGCAAAUCAUCUAACUAAUUGCAACAGCUGAUUAAUGGACAGAGCAUGGCUAAUGUGCAAUGUAAAUUAAAGUUGCAGUGACUGUGCCAGUCAAUACAGUGCAAGGCACUUUCUUUCAAGAUGGGCAACACUGUUUUAUCAUGCAUGUGAUUACCUUUAACUAAUUCUACAGCAAGAUUCUUAGAAUGUUAUGUAUAAAAGAGAUAGUCUGAGAGGAAAGAGAGGAAGAGAGAGAGAGAGAAAGAAGAUAGAGGGAUAUAAUCAUUUUUUUAACGUAUGCAUAUAGAGAGAGAGUUUGUUUUGCUUUUUAAACACCAAUCUAGAUUUUCUUGAACACUUUACCAUUUGUUGAAAAUUGCUCUUCAUGACUUGAUCUAUCUUUGUAUAAUGAAUAAAAUUAUUCCAUGUGGAUAUGAGAUCAGGGGCCCGUUUUUCAAAGAGUUGCGAUUGAUUGGAUUGAUUAUGAAAAGCCAGCAAAGUCAAAAUAUAAAAUGCUUGCUUAUUCAAAAACUUUUCUAGAUAUAAAUGUAUAUCCAUAAAUUCAUUGAUAUCUUGACAAUUUGGUGUGUUCUUCUUUGUAUACAAAGGACAUUUUUCAAAUUUUCUGUAUAAAAAAAUAUGACACCAAUGGAUUUCCAUAGAGUUACGAUUGAUUGGAUCAAUCGUAACUCUUUAUAAGACGGGGCCCAGAUUUUAUGUUCAGAGUUUUUUUCAACUCUAUCUGUAUAUUGCAAUAUUUAUUAAUGACAGGGGUCAUUUGCAGUUUUUGUAGUAGUUAUCAGAAAACCAAAUUGGUUAAUUGAUAUAAUGUAGGCAAUAGAUACCUGAAUUUAAAAAAAAUAUAUAAAUAUGUGUCACAUUAAUAUGACAUUGAUAAAAAAAUCUGGGUUAUAAUAAUGAUUAACAAAAUUGAUUGUUUUCCAAUUGUUUUGGCUUCCUAUAUCCAUAAAAUACAAAAAAUAUCUUGCGAAAGAAUAUUAAAAAUGCAUUUUGAUUUCAUCAGAAUAUUUUACAUACGACAGUCAUUCCAUAGAUUUGAGAGGUACUAUCGAACUUCCAAAGAAGUUCAAAUGAAAAAUAAUGAUGAUAGAUUUUAAUUAAACUCAAAUCUAAAAUUCCUCUUUUAACUGCACAAUUUGAGAUCAUUAUCAGUUGAGUUCAAUUUAGAUCCAUCACAACUCUUUGUAAGACGGUCCCCCAAUUUGUUGGUAAUCACCUAAUUCAUUUAUUGUACAAAAAUGUCAAAAUUGUUGCCCAAACUUCUGUUAUUUGGCGAUGGUGAUGGUUUGUGCCACCUGAUUUGCAGUGCAAUUCUAUGUCAAUUGUAUAUCUGUAUGUGUCCAUAUGUCUCUGUAUCUACCUGGGCCUGUUGCAUAAAAGUUACCAUUAUGGUAACUUUUUCAUCCAGUGGUAACUUGUCUGGAAUCCUUGAUUUUGAUUGGUUGGUGAUCAGUGUUACCAAGGUAGUUACCAUUGGAUGGCCAAGUUACCAUAGUAGUAAUUUUUAUGCAACAGGUCCCUGAAGUCAAUUUCCAUGUUGUAAUUGAUAGACCUGGGCCCCGUAACGCAAAGGUUAGCGAUUAAUCUCUAAAUGAAAUAGCCUAUCGCGAUCAUGUUGUAUGCGCAUUUUGCUCGGUAGACUGACUAGGAACCAAUCAGAAUUGUUCUUUCAAAUAAGCUAUUAAUGGCUAACCUUUGUGUUACGGGGCCCUGGGUCCCGUAACACAAAAGUUGGCGAUUAAUCGUGCACUUGAUGAUCACGAUUGAUUGUACAUUGUAGUUAAUGCAAUCUAUCGUUAAGAAAUGUUUUACGAUCAUUGUUAAUCUUUGUGAUACGGAGCCCUGGUCUUCUCUAUGACUGUUUUCUGUAACUAUAUUUUUUGUUGUAAAUUAUAGAAAUAUUCAUUACUUUGUACAUUGUUUUUGUAUAUCUUUGUUUUUCGGCAUAUUGUCUUCAUGAAAUGAAAUACAAUCCGUCCAUGGGAAAUAUUUUUACAUCUACUGCAUUUUAUCGUCUUCUCACAUUCCUGUUGCAAUGUUAAACUUGACUCCUUUGUAUGAUGGUUAAUAAUUUGGAAACCUUGAUUUUCUGUGCUAUGUUACCAUGAUAUUUUCUAUUGGUUGCAGAAUAACCAUUAAUGCUAACUUUGAUGUAGCAGACACAGGAGUGUUUUGAAAAUUAUCUUUCUAAUAAAAGAAGAGAAAAAUCAA